UCGACAUUGUUUAUGUUGCUUCGCUUGGGCCACGCUUGGAGAAUCGAAUUUUGAUUCGCAUUCUGCACGUGGUGUACAAAAUAACUUUAUAUUUUAUUAUUAUUAUUACAAAAUGGGCAAAGUUAAACAAGAACCAGUAGAGCAGGAUGACAAAGGUGAUGUUACCAUCAAAGAUGAACCACAAAGUUACGAUGACAAAGUUGAACAUUGCAGUGUUAUAGCAAAACCCAUGGCACCAAAGAAACUAAGCAAAAAAAUAUAUAAACUCAUCAAAAAGUCCAGUGGUCACAAGAAUUACAUAAGGAACGGACUGAAAAUUGUUCAGAAACAGCUAAGAUUGGGUGAAAAAGGAAUUGUAUUCUUUGCGGGCGACAUUUCACCAAUAGAAAUCAUGUGCCACCUACCAGCAGUAUGCGAAGAGAAAGACGUCCCAUACUGUUACACACCCAGCCGUAAAGACAUAGGGGCUGCCAUGGGUACCAUGAGAGGUUGUAUAAUGGUGCUAAUAAAAGAACAUGAGGACUACAAGGAAUUAUAUGAAGAAAUAAGAGAUGAAAUUAAGCAUCUGGGGCAUCCAUUAUAAUUAACUAAUGUAAUUUAAGUUUUAAGCAAAAUAGUUAAGUAAGUAAAGGAUUCACAAUAAACACAAUUUUGGUCUGAAAGUGAAAAAGCCUGCAAAAAAAAAAUGUUCCCUAUUAUUUUAAAACUUAACAAUUUAUAUUACAAAUAUGAUUAUGACAUAAGUAUUUGGUCCACUUUACCAUAAAGGUAACUAGCUACACAACACCCAAAAAUUAUGACAAUAUUGUGGAUUCUAUGUUCAAAUUUCACCAAUACUUAGGAGAUAAUAUUUGAAAUUUUUGCAAACAUAUUUGGUAGAAAAAAUACAGACUUGAGUUGUUAUUAAAAAAAAAUAUAGGUUGAUAUUCCUACAGCUUCAGUGUCAUAAUAAAAAAUGGUUAGGUAAAUAAGUUUUAGGGAAAUACAGCAAAAUUAUUUUUAUGGCAUACACUUUAAGAUUUCAGAUUUUGGUUUUUGGAAGACAGAUAUGAUAAUUCCUGCUUUUGUGGUAUUUUUAAAUUCUUAUUCUUAAAGUAUGUUUGAAAUCGCUAAUCUUAAUAAAAAAAACUUUAUAACAACCA